AUGGAGGUGGAGGAGGAGGGAAGACUCUCUCCACACAAUCGUGGGGAUACGUGUGUUCCCGAGAGCAUCGUUGAUCGCGUAGCGCAAGGGUUACGCGGCGAUCUCGAACAUGAGCGGGACAGGCGUCUCCAACUGGCGGACAAUGUCUUGAAGCAUCGAGAUGAGUAUGCUUUUGCUCAGCUUGAGAAAGAGAGAGCUCUGAUGUCUCUUCGUGACGAGCUAAGGGUAGCUCGUGGGAUUGUUGAUCGGUCUCGGGAUGAGAUAACUGCUACUCAGACCCUUGUCGAUGCCCACCAUCGGGAGCACAAGGCUCUCUGCAAGAUGCUUGAGCGCAAGGGCGUUCUUCAUCGGAAGAAGCAGCGUACUGAUGAUACGGCUUAA